UGCUUUCUUCGCAAUUUCCCCUUUCCUUAGUCCCGCGUCAACCCCUAACACUGUCGAGUGGAUGACUGUUGGCUAUAAAUGAUUGGACAACAACGCACCGAACGCCCCAAAUCAAUCAGAGGCUGGCAAUUUAACUUCCAAGUACAGAUCUUAGAUCAGUAGACAUUUGCAGGAGUUAAGAGAUGGGUACGGGAGAAAUCAAGUCGCCUGAAGGUCUAUCGGAGACCCCUUCUGCUCUGGGUGGAAACUUUGAUUCUGUUCGGGGGAAGAAACUUGAGGUUCAUUUCAUGGAAUCUGAUAAACAGAGGAUGGCGUUUGGGCAUGGAUAUACCGGAGGAACAACGCCGGUUAAUAUCCAAGGGAAGCCUCUUUCCGAUGAAGAUCUCUCCAAGACAGGCGGAUGGAUUGCCGCCUUCUUUAUUUUUGGAAAUGAAAUGGCAGAGAGAAUGGCUUAUUACGGUCUUUCAGUCAACAUGGUAACAUUUAUGUUCUAUGUAAUGCACAGAUCUUUUUCUAGUUCCGCAAAUGCAGUAAACAAUUUCCUUGGAAUUUCACAAGCAUCCUCUGUUCUGGGAGGUUUUCUAGCUGAUGCUUAUUUGGGUCGAUACAAAACAAUCGCGAUUUUCACCACAAUCUAUCUUGUUGGUUUGAUAGGGAUAACAGUGAGUGCGUUCUUAGAUGUUUUUAUGCCGAACCAAGAACAUUGCGAUUCGCUUGCCCGGCUUCUGGGUGGAUGCGAGCCUGCAAAGCCAUGGCAGAUGCGUUACCUCUAUACAGUUCUUUAUUUGACCGGAUUCGGAGCUGCUGGAAUAAGGCCCUGCGUUUCUUCCUUUGGGGCUGAUCAAUUUGAUGAAAGAAGCAAAGAUUACAAGAGGCAUCUGGACAGGUUUUUCAAUUUCUUUUACCUUUCAGUCACUAUUGGGGCAAUUGUGGCCUUCUCUUUGGUGGUCUAUCUUCAGAGAGAAAAAGGCUGGGGGUAUGCCUUUGGUUCAUUGGCUAUAGCCAUGGGGGUAUCAAACUUGUUAUUCUUCGCCGGUACUCCUUUAUACCGGCACAGAUUGCCCGGAGGCAGUCCGUUAACACGAGUCGCCCAGGUCCUCGUAGCUGCCUUUAGGAAGCGAAAUGUCUCUUUUACCAGCAGUGAGAUGAUUGGCCUGUAUGAAGUUCCUGGCAAACAUUCUGCUGUAAAGGGUAGUGGAAAGAUAGCUCAUACUGAGCAUUUCAGGUGGUUGGACAAGGCGGCUCUACAGCUGAAGGAAGACGGUAGCAAUCCAAGUCCCUGGAGGCUAUGCACUGUGACUCAAGUAGAGGAAGUAAAGAUACUUAUAAAGCUCAUUCCAAUCCCAGCUUGCACAAUAAUGCUCAGUGUAUUCUUGACAGAAUAUCUCACUCUCUCAAUACAACAAGCGUACACCUUGAAUACUCGCAUGGGUCAUCUCAAACUCCCGGUAACCUGCAUGCCUAUAUUUCCUGGCCUUAGCAUAUUCCUCGUACUGUCUGUCUACUACUCUGUAUUUGUUCCCCUGUCUCGCCGCAUCACUGGCCACCCCCAUGGUGCCUCCCAGCUUCAGAGGGUAGGCAUUGGUCUGGUAGUCUCAAUCAUAUCCGUUGCAUGGGCCGGCGCUUUUGAGAAAUACCGGAGAGACUAUGCAAUAAAGCAUGGGUAUGAAUUCAGUUUCUUAACCCCUAUGCCGGGGCUAAGUGCGUACUGGUUGCUGAUCCAGUACUGCCUAAUUGGAAUAGCUGAAGUGUUCGGCACUGUGGGGCUACUAGAGUUUCUCUAUGAGGAGGCCCCGGAUGCAAUGAAGGCUAUAGGCUCUGCUUAUGCUGCCCUGGCUGGUGGCUUGGGGUGUUUUGCAGCGAGUGCCUUGAACAGCAUUGUGAAAUCCGUCACGGGGAGCCAAGGGAGAAGGGAGUCAUGGCUGUCUCAGAACAUAAACUCUGGUAGAUUUGAUUACUUCUACUGGCUGCUUGCCGUUCUGGGUGUAAUUAAUUUCUGCAUUUUCCUAUACUCAGCUCAUAGGUACAAGUACAGGACAUAAUAAGUGUUCUAGAAAGGAAAAAACAAGCAAAAAAUUCCAUCUUCAGGAUCUAAUAGAAAACCAGAAUCAAAGCUACUCUUCUACAUUAGUUUCUACGUCCUACAACCGUGAAAAAAAUAGAAGUGUGAGACUAAUCUUGAAUGCAGGCAAGUCUAUUUGCUAAAAAUCUCUAAAGUACAAGGAUUUAUUUAUUUUUGUACAAAUUACAAUUUUGGGGAGGGAUAUUCAAACCAACCCAAAACUGAAGUGCACCAUUCAAUAUAGUUUAUGUUUAAUA